CACCUGAAAAGUUUGGGAGAAAACUGCAAAAUUGUGUUGUAUUCCUAUCCCGGUUGCUGUAAGAAUCGACAGCAGACUGCAGUAGUAGAAGAACACGGCAAUCACCAAUCAAUCAAUCAAUCCACAAACACACUCUUAUCGAUCUCCAAUUCAACGCCCUUUCCACACUCAUCUAACCCAGCUCCUCUAAUCUGGUUCAGUCAUUUCCUCAUACACCUGGGGCGCAUUCUCGUUUUCAAUCCUCUCAGAGCCACCCACGCCUCACUGCCAUGUUGCGGAGGUCGCUUUUCGAAAUAUCCUCUCGCCAAACGCUCAGAAGGAGCCCUAGAUAUGUUGCAAAUCAGCAGAUACCUUCACAUCUAUCAUCACGAAAGAAAUUAUCAACUGCAUCUAAACCAGAUCCUGCCCCUGCUCCUGGCUCUACAGGCAAACCACCAGAGUCUAGUGGCUCUCCAUCAAAGUUUCUCAUUGGAACUGUUGCUUUAGGUGCUGCUUUUCUAGCAGCUUACCAAACUGGUUAUUUAGAUAAAUAUCUUAAAAAAGAGCAGCUUGGUGCUCAUGAGGAAGCUCAGAUCAAGGAUACCAAUGGAGACUCACAAAAUGUACAACCUUCAGUGGACCAGUUCAUUUCACCUCAUAGGGAGACAUCUAACAAUGAAAAUCUUGUGUCAGAGCAUGCAGAGCAGAAGGUUGAUAAUCAUUUUCCACAGUUGGAAAAUGUGAAAGAAGAUAAAGGUGAUAAACCAAUUCAAGAGCAAGACAAAUCCGAUAUAACUGUAGAUGUUACUGCUCCUACCAAAGAAAACCUGUGGCCUGAACAUCCUCAAGGCAAUCUAACAUCUGAUGAUCAAAGUAAAGCAUCUGUGGUGCAAUCUGAAGGGAGUUUUGGCAUAAGAAGCACAGAUACUGUUACUGCCCCUAGAUUGGAACAGGGAAUACAACACACAUCCACAUCCACACAGAUUAGUACAGCUCUGGAUGAAAAUGGGAUGACAAACAUGCAACCAAAACAACAAGAAGUGGAGGAGAGAAGAGAGAAUGCAUUGGAUAAAGAUAGGGAACAUCAACCUGGUCUCCUUGAGGAAUAUCACUUAAGGAAUGGAAGAAGCCAUACUUACGGCCAUUUUUCUGUAGAAAAAGAGGCACUUAAUGGUGCGACAAAGGGAUCGCAAGGUGGAUAUAUUUCUGAGGAUGGGAAACUGAUUCUUGAUUUCAUACAAGCCAUUCAUGCUGCGGAAAAAAGGCAGGCUGACUUAGAUUCACAUGUUUUUAAUGAAGAGAAGAAAGUGUUGAAGGAAAAAUAUGAAAAGAAGUUGAAAGAGGCAGCUGCCAGGGAACUUAUGCUUGCUGAAGAGGCUGCAUUGUUGGACAAGGAGCUAAAAAGAGAAAGAGCAAAGGCGGUCCUUGCUAUGAAGUCACUUCAAGAAAAGAUGGAGGAAAAACUGAAGACAGAACUUGAACAGAAGGAAGUUGAAACAGAAAUGAAGCUGAAUAAAGCUCAGGAAUUGUCUAAGGCAGAGUUAAAUGCAGCCAUAGCAAAAGAGAAGGCAGCCCAAAUUGAAAGAAUGGCUGAAGCAAAUAUUAAUAUCAAUGCCUUAUGUAUGGCAUUUUAUGCUCGGUCUGAAGAAGCUCGUCAAAGUCAUGCUGCUCAGCAUUUUGCAUUGGGAGCUCUUGCACUGGAAGAUGCACUUUCCAAAGGAUUGCCAAUUCAGACAGAAAUAGCAUCGUUGCAGUCUUCUCUUGAAGACACGGAUAAAGAUUCAAUUUUGAAUUUAGUGCUAUCAUCCCUUCCAGAAGAGACUCGAAACAAUGGCACAGAAACACCACUGCAGUUAAAGCAGAAGUUUGAUUCCUUAAAAGGGACAUUACGACACUUCAGCUUCUUCCCACCAGGAGGUGGUGGUAUAUUGGCCCAUUCUUUGGCACACAUAGCAUCCUGGUUGAAGGUUAAGGAAGCUGACCAAUCUGGCGAAGGGAUUGAAUCUGUGAUUAAUAAAGUUGAGAAUUACUUGGCUGAAGGAAAACUUGUUGAAGCAGCCGAAUUACUAGAAGAGAGUGUAAGAGGCACCCAAGCUGCAGAAGUUGUUGAAGGUUGGGUGAGGCAAGCAAGAAACAGGGCUAUUUCUGAGCAAGCUGUUGUUUUCCUUCAGUCCUAUGCUAAUUCUAUUGGCUUUACAUAGUUCUCAAUUUUUGAAUAUUUACAUAUGCCAUGUUGAUUUAGUACCCAAGUCUGCAGAGUGAGUUUAUACAUAGUUGGAGGAUGCCACCGGGAGGUUCCCGAAUUGUUGACCCAAAGGGAUAACAUUUUUUUUAUGUUCCAUAGCUGCUGAAAUUUGUAGCCCCAAUUUCAGUCUGUAUAAUUUCCGUUUCCUUACCCCAAAAUGACAGAAAUCUUGCAUUGCUCACAUGGAAAUUUCAAUAAUAUACCUCAGGCUACCAGGACAAGGUUGGAUGCCAAAUAUGUGUAUCUUGAUUUGAAUUUCAUGCAUUCUUCUCCAUGAUUUCUAGAGUGAUAA